GGCGCGAGUGAGGUCGUGAGUUAGAUUGUUGCCGUCAUUGUCGAAAAAGCGCGCGAAUCCAUGAACGUGUUGUGCAUGUGAAAAAAGUUUUUUUAUGUUUUGUGUCCAAGAUGCCAUAAAACUGAAAUAAUGAAAAUGGCAAAGCGUUCGGCGGUGAGGAGAGCCGGCCUAUGGUGGAAGUCCAGGCUGUUCGUCGCAGCUAUUGCGCUGUCUUAUGUGCAUGCGCAGGAUAUGUCAGCGUGUUGCGACAAAGCUCUCGGGACGUGUCGGAGUGUGUGCGAAAAGAUUUCGUUAAUUGAAAUGGCUACCGACGCCAACAUGCUUGAAGAGUCUCUACCAAACAUAUACAAGUUUUGCGGACCACACUUAACGGAGUUUUGGAUAUGCAUGAACAAUACUAUUCACGACGUGAUGUCAGGUUCUGGGUGGUGGGGUCGCGCCUGCUGUGCGCUGGGCAGGUCCACCUCAUGCCGGCACGCGUGUGCCACGGCGCGGGACGAGAACUCCCUCGGAGACUGCAGGAGAUCCGACGAGAUUCCACUGUUCGACUGUGUGAAGCGGCAGCGAGAGGCACAGAAGUGUUGUUCACAGACGCAGUCGGUGGCAUGUCACAUGGCGUGUCGCGAGGUGCUGUGGAGGGUCGACCAGCCCCGCGCCGUCUCCGAGGCCAAGAGUCGCGCCAUUGAAGAGUGCACCGACUCCCACGACUUAAGCCAAUGUCUGUUGCAACUGACCGCUCCGAUAUCUGCUGAUACCACAAAAUAUCUAUCUUGUUGUGACAAGGCGACUUCGUCAGAAUGUCGCGUCGCAUGCGAGAGAGUUCUGCGGCGGACAGACGACACUCAAGAAAUAUUCGAGGACUUGACAGCCGACUGUGGCUUACCAGGAAUAGUGGACAGCUUCUGGCAAUGUUUCCUGAGGAAAUCUGCAGCGCCAGGCAGCAAAGACUUUAUACCUCUUGACGUUGCCAAACUGCACUGUUGCUUAAAGGCGACGACGAAGAACUGCCGCGACCUGUGCUACCAGACGUUCAACACGGGCUGGCAGGAGUACUGGCAGAAGUUCUACUCGGAGUGCAUCAGUGACCCGCAGGAGCUGAACAUGUCGCAGUGUAUGGAAGAAGUUGAAGCUCCAUGCUCGCUGGGAUGUUCUGGUCUGACGUACUGCAGCCAGAUGAACAACAGACCCUCGACUCUGUUCAGAUCGUGUAACGCGCAGGCAGACCUUGAGGCACACAUGUUCGUCGCAGAGCAAAAGUUAAGUAGAUCUGUUACUGUGGCCGGUUAUCCCGUAGCGCUGAAGAAUUCAAGUCAAUGUCCCAUCGAGAUGUGGAAGAGUAUAGCGUGCGCGCUACAUGUCAAGCCUUGUACUCCUAAGGGGUACAGCAGCCUGCUGUGCGCGGCGGAGUGCUCGCGCGCGGUGUCGCUGUGCGUGGAGUGGGGCGCGGGGGGUGGUGCGGGGGGCACGGACGCGGGCGCGUGGUCGCUGGCGCAGGACGCGCCGGUGUCCGCGCACGCGCUGUGCGCCCGCCUCACGCCGCGCGACCCCGCCGCGCCCUGCGUCCAGCUGCAGGACUUCGUGUCGCCUAGUUCCGAGCCUCCCCUCCUGACUGCGAAGGAAGCGGUGACGUCACCGUGCGCGGGGUCUCCGUGCAACGCGACGCAGGUGUGCGUCAUCAACAGGAGCUGUCUGCGCGGCGGCGCCUGCGUGCGGUACCACUGCAUUGACGGAUGUCCCCUGGGUGAAAGCAAUUCGUAUAUUGUUCCUCACGGAUCCUGGGUGCGGGUGCCUUUGGUGGACUCUUCCCAGAAACUGUGUUUCAAGAUAUGCAAAUGUUCGAACAAAGCCUUGACCAAAUGCCAGCCAUUACCUUGCAUUCCAGUUGAGAAUUGCAAUCUCCACGAUACUGUUAUAUUGAAUGGUGCGAAGUACUACAUGGAGUGCAACGCCUGUGUGUGUCUGAGUGGCGAGCGCGUGUGCUCGCGGCGGGCGUGCGGCGCGGGUGUGGCGGGGGGCGCGGGGGGAGCGGGGGGCGCGGCGCGGCUGCUCACCGGCCUGCCCUGCAACUGUCCUCCCCACCACUUGCCCGUCAGGACGCCGCAUAGACUCUUCCCUAACGCUUGUCUUGCUAAAUGCGCGGGCGCGACGGACGCGGAGAUCGAGUUCGGCGUGCGCGGCGCGUGCGCGAGUGCGACGUGUCCGCGGCGGCACGCGUGCCUCCCCGCGCACAACGUGUGUCUCUCGCGCCUGCAGACCUCCUGCCCGCAGCACGUUUGCGUGAACACAAUGUCAUGCAACACGCAGCCCGCGAUGCCGGUGUGCGACACAGACGGACGCACGCACGCCAACCCGUGCCACCUCGUCAUGAGCGGCAGGAAGCUCGCCUACUGGGGACAGUGUCUCGAAGGGUGCUCUAGUACGGGUACAGUAUGCGGCGUCAACGGCGUCACAUACUCAUCCGAGUGUGCCGCGUGGGCGGAGUACGUCAGCGUCGACUACACCGGGCCCUGUCUCGCGGUCGGACCCAUCUCCGACGUCAUGGAACCGAAAUGCGCCUUUGAUAGAAUCAUAUGCCCCCCACUGAAAAAGCCAAAGUGCCUCGGCUUCACAGCACCAGGGGCCUGCUGCCCUCGAUGUGGUGGCGCUCUCAGGAUCCUCUAUUCUAAGAAACAGAUCGAUAGAGCGUUAUAUGGAAUCAACAUAUCAGCAUCAGUUAUAAAUCUGAACAAUGUUCUAAAAGCUCUAGACAGACAUGUCAAGAUAGCUGAGUGUGCACUCAGAGGCUAUUUAACUAUAGAGACGGAGAUUUUUGUAACAAUCGAGUCUUUGUUACAAAACCCGACGGAUUUGCAAAUGCAAAUGUGCGUUUUAGAAGCUGAGAAGAUAGCAGAUCUGAUUAACAGAGAAAGUGCGUUGAUAACAAGUGAUCUGGGACUUAGUGCUUUGUCGUACGCGUUGAUUGUGCAUUCAGAGCCAAGUAGAGGUGCGUUUGGUGCUAACUUAUCAAUAUUAACAGUUGUGGUGUCGUAUGUUAGUAUAUUUGUUCUGAGGUAGGAUUUAAGACGAUGUAGAUAGUGGUGCUAGUUUUUGAACGAAUACGUUGUUUAAGAAACAUUGUUGAUGUAUGUUGUUUGCUUUAUGAAAUUCAGAACAAUGCUUUUUCUAUGUGCAGCAUGUUUCUUAAACAAUGUAAGAUAUCAUAUCAACUUAGAUGCUGUUAACAAAGUUGAUAUGCUUUUUUGUAAAUAUUGUUGUUGUAAAAAUGUAACACCAAAUAUUUUAGUGCCAUUGUAUGAGAAUUACCAAUAGAGAUUAUGCUUUGGUCUGCUUUAAUGUUUUCGGGCACAAUAAAGAGCCUUGUAUGUGAGUUCGCGGUGCCAUUCUUGUAGAUGUAACUGAGUGUAAUAUAGAUGGGGAACAGACUGCCAUAAGCAUUUUUAUGGAGAUUUAUACAAAAGACAUUUUUAUAUUGUAGUCUUUAUGCCAAAUGUGUAUUACUAUUUUGUUAUUAAUUGUUAAAUGUUUAGUUACGGAUUUUGUGACUGUGGCUUCGUUGGUGAUGGUUAUAAAUACUUGUGAGAUCAUUAAGUUGAACCAAAUGUAGGAAUAGGAAUGAAAAAAUAAAAUGUUAAUCCAACUGAAGCGAUCCAAAGGAACGAUCUCAUCAGAGAACUGUAAAAACCAAUGUACAGACACGAAAUUCUAAAAGAUUUACAAUAUGUAUAGAUUUAA